GGACGCCGCGCGAGCAUGUAUCGGCUGCUGAGCCCGAGUCUGGGCCGAGGCCUCCUGCGGGCCGCGGGGCGGCGGUGCCGGGACUGCUCGGCGCGCCUGCUCCUGGGGCGGGCAGGAGGCCGCGCGCCUGAGGUGGGGGUGCCGGCAUCCCGAGUCGCGCCGCGCGGCCGGGGCCCGGGCCUGCUGCCGCUGCUGGCAGCGCUCGCCUGGUUCUCGAGGCCCGCUGCGGCAGAGGAGGAGGAGGAGGAGCGGCAGGGAGCGGGCGGGGCCGCCGCCGAGGGCGCGGUGGACGAGACCGAGGCCGAGAUCAUUCAGCUGCUGAAGCGAGCCAAGUUGAGCAUCAUGAAAGAUGAGCCAGAAGAGGCUGAGCUAAUUUUACAUGACGCUCUUCGUCUUGCCUAUCAGAGCGAUAACAGGAAGGCCAUCACUUACACUUAUGAUUUGAUGGCCAACUUGGCAUUUAUACGGGGUCAACUUGAAAAUGCGGAAAAACUUUUUAAAGCAACCAUGAGUUACCUGCUUGGAGGGGGCAUGCAACAGGAAGACAAUGCGAUAAUUGAAAUCUCUCUAAAGUUGGCCAGUAUCUACGCUGCUCAAAAUAGACAGGAAUUUGCUCUUGCUGGCUAUGAAUUCUGCAUUUCAACCCUAGAGGAAAAAAUUGAAAGAGAAAAGGAAUUAGCAGAAGACAUUUUGUCAGUGGAAGAGAAAGCCAACACCCACCUCCUCCUUGGCAUGUGCUUAGACACCUAUGCCCGCUACCUUCUGUUCUCCAAGCAGCCAGCACAGGCACAGAGGAUGUAUGAAAAAGCUUUGCAGAUUUCUGAAGAAAUACUAGGAGAAAGACACCCACAGACCAUCGUGCUGAUGAGUGACCUGGCUACCACCCUGGAUGCACAGGGCCGCUUUGAUGAGGCCUGUGUUUAUGUGCAAAAGGCAUCAGAUCUGGCGAGACAGAUAGAACAUCCUGAGCUACACAUGCUGCUCAGUAAUCUCGCUGCAAUUCUGAUGCACAGAGAACGAUAUGCACAAGCAAAAGAGAUCUACCAGGAAGCACUGAAGCAAGCAGAGCUGAAAAGAGAUGAGGUUUCUAUACAGCACAUCAGGGAAGAGCUGGCUGAGCUGUCAAGAAAAAGUAGACCUUUCACUUAAUUUUAUGAAGCGCUAAAUCCCUUUUCGUUGUAGGGAAUUUUAAGUAACAGUGGUUAUUCUAGUCUCAGUGGCACCCAAAUCAAUGGCUUAAACCCUUUCUCCUUGAUAUUCACGUCUCGUCAGUUAGCUGUGGUGAAGGACAAGUUGUACGCACUGCCGCUUUUGUUCUUUAAAGGAAAGACGACUUGCACCCCUGGCUGAUGUUGACCUCUAAGGACAGAUGUCAAGUGAUGCUUUCCGUCGUAACGUAUGGUGUGGUGCUGUCGUGCUGGUCUAAGUGUACCUGUAGAUGGAGAUGGGCCAGUUGGCCUUCGGGGUGGGUGUGGUGAUUCAGCCAGGCAUCUCUAUCCUACGAUUUUGAUCCAUUGAUUUGCUAUACCUUCUUUUUUAUUUUAUCAAUAUCUGGAAGAACAGAACUGUCUCAUGGCAAAGGGGGAUUAUGGUGAGUUAUUUUUCUUAUCUAUUUCAUGAAGCUCAGUGUGGGACCUAAUGCAUAAUGGAGCAAAAGCAUUGUCGUGGUUUGUGCCAGCGCCCAGCAUGAAGUUUUAAAGUAGGAAGUAGGCCCUUGAAAAUACACCCGUUUAAUUAUAAAUCAAAGUAAACUGUAUGUCUUCAUAUCUGGUUCUAUAGGACUAUGAAAGAGGGGGGAAAAGGAAGGAUAUGAACACUUGUCAGUGCUGUUUGAGGACUCCGAUUCCUUUGCAGCCUAGGUCCCUGAACAGAGUCCUCUGCACGUGCCCAGGCUGCACCCCCAAACCUUCUGUCUCAGGGUCGGGCCUUAACAAGUGUAAUAUGUAAAAUCUCCCCAGUAGUUCUCAUAUGUUCUGCUUAUACAGUGGAAGGAUCACUGAUCUGGAUCUUAGUGCUGGCUUCUCGAGUUUGGGUCUCAGUAUCCUCAUCUGUAAGUAGGAAACGAAUGAGACUGUCUCGUAGCCAUGGGAGAAUGUAUUUUGUCCAAUGACCCUAAAUGAAGAGACUACUACUGUGUUCAAAGAGCCUUAUCACACUGCCUCAUAGCGUAUCAAGUAUAUACAUACAAGAUAGGUAGAUGGAGGUUUUUACCUCAGAAGUGUUGCAAAGAGCCCCUGGCCUAGGGCAAAGGCAAUUUUUGUAGGUGCCAUGAAGGAGCACUGUUAUUGUUGGUAAGCCUUUGGGGGGUGGGGGGUGUGAGUGGGAAUGGUAAACAGAUAUUUUUGUUUCUGUGUACAUACUAUUGGAAGAAUCCUUUCAUAAUAAACUAGAGACUCUACAACAACAUUGUAUGUAUUCCGUAAUCUUUGAGUUUCUCAUAAAAAAUAACUUACUAAAUAAGAAAAACAAAAUACUAGAAAUCCUGAGGUCCAGAUCCUCCAGGAUUAGACUAAGACGCAAAUUUUCUAUUUUGCAGAUGUAAAUUUCUUCCUGCUUUCUAAGCUCAUCUCUUACCACCCAGCUAGCUCCUUUGAGUCUAAUGAGAAACUAGAAUGUAAAUCAGAUUGAGUUUCAGUGCAACCCAGUCUUAAUUUAUUGGUUGGUGAUUUUUGAAAAAUUACCGUCAACUAGCGGACUACUCACCUACGUGGAGAAUGUUUUUGCUUUUUCACAAUUGCAGGGGUUACUGAAAGUAAGGAUUGUGACUCCAGGUUUUAUUUAAGAAUUUUUGAAUCUCCACAGUGAUUCCGCUCACGGUCCCGUCCUGGUGCUGGAAAAACUAUAGGUGUUUUCAGAGAGACAGUCUCUUCCUGUGGGUGUCUCCAUGAGAGUUCAUUUUUGCACAGCUGUAAAACAAGGUAGCAGGGCAGGAAGGCCGACCCCUUUGCCGACUGGUCUGAGUUCAAAAGUAAAUUGUUAAAAAGAGCAUAGCUGAAAUUUUUGAACUGUCACCAGCGUUUUCAGGGCAUAAAUAUUUAAAAACUGGAACCCGCACACCCAAGUUACUUCCCAUGAUAAACAUGCGCUGGAGAUCUGGCUGUCAGAAUGCUGCUAUGAACAGUAUUGGGAGGACUUUAAUUUAGAUCCUGGGGUGCUAAAAAAAAAAAAAAAAAAAAAUCACGCAGAAGGAUGCAGCUUUGGAACACUGAAAUCUCAGCCUGCAAAGAGUGUCCAUGCCUUGGUUUCAGCCGACUUCAAGUCCUCUGUCACUCUUGGGGCUGUCUGCCGUUUCGGUCCUGCCGAGGUGGACGUCCUCCCUCCGAGACGUUGGCUCCAUAGGUAAGCCCAUGAGAGUUCUGUCCUCUCGUUGUUCUCAACUAAGAAACAGUCCUGGACUUUCUCUCCCGUUCUGAACUCCAGGUGGUGGCGGAUGGCAUAGGAAAACACAUACGCACUGCGAGGAGGGGGCGAGGGGGGAGCACCACUCACUCUCCGGUCCUCAAGGAGAGCUGCGCCAGUAACAAGCUAGGCUCUGAGCCGGCUACUCUCAAAGACUGUGCUGACUUGGAAUAGCUCAAGACCUUCAGGGUCAUGGAAAAAUAAUCAUGAUCUCUUUUGGGUCAGCUGACACAGUAGAUUAUUAACAAAGUCUCAGACAUUACGAGCAGCAGAAAACUGUCGAUUAGAACAUUUAGUUACGGUUUUUCACGCACGUGAAAAUUUUAUGUAUAUCAUCAAGUGGUGCCAGCUUUCCAAGUGGAAGGAAUCUGAUCACUAAACCUGCUCUCAAGUUUACUGUGAGGACUUCAGGUCUAAGACAAGAGUAGAAUAGUAACAAGAGUGAAGGCCUUAACCAUGUAGGCAAAGGACUGAGCCUGUGUCCUCAUUAUUAAAAUCGGGAUCAGACACCAAUGCUGAGGGUGAUGCGAGGAUCUCGUUACAAAGGAGGCAGUCAGUGGUUCCCAUACACCUGCUUUCUGUAGAGGCUUGCAUACUUUUGUUAAAAAGUUGAGAUCUACUUAGAAGUCCAUGAAGUGCUCACGUGUAUCAUCCCGAGAGACCUCUGCCUCUCCCCUUUCUCAUCUUCAGUGGCAUCCUUCCAAAACAGUAUCCACGUGCCGCUCAAGGAUGCUGCAGCACUGUGAAGUCGUAAAAUAAAAAUAAUCUCACAGUUCAAUAAGCAAUUAUGAAGGGUGAAACUGACCCCUUCAUAAUUAUUUGCUCCUUGAGAUUCGGUGAAAGAUUCACCAGUAAACUCUUGCCCACGAGGAAUCACAGGGAGAGUAAGAGUAAGCACUGGCACAUGGGGAAAGGGAAGUGAGGCUUCGGGAUACACAGCACAAGGCAAAGCUAAGAGAUUCUGUACGGAUCGUUACCUUCUAACUCAACCGAUAAUACAGAGCAACCCACUCCUCUGAAACCUGAGACAUCAAGAGCCUUAAAUCACACAUCAUCUAUGUGGCUAUGGACAGGGUAGUCCAAUUUAUUUCGAAACAAAAGCUCUGUUGGGCUGCAUCAAAUGCAGGAGAAAAAGAAUAUUUAGGGCCACGGUUAAGUUACCAGUGUGCAUAACAGUGAGGUAUGCCUCAAAUAAGCCUUUUGUUUUUAAACUUUAAAAACUGAACUAUAACAUACCCAUGCAGUAAUAUUUUUCAGUGCCACUAA